AAAUCGCAAGAUGGCCAUUUUAAGUCGUCGUGAAAGUCGCUCAGUUGUUUUUCUCCCGUUACUAUUUUAUUUUUCAGUUGUAGGGGCAGAUGUUAAGUUUACCAAGGAACCGUCAGAUCCAAGCUACGUUAACAAUGGGAGCAAUGCCACACUGGUUUGGGACUACAGCGACACCAACAAUGCAUUCAGAGGCAUUUUAUUUAAUGUCUUGGUGGAUGGUCAAAACGGUAAAGAAUAUAAACCAAUGCUUUACAAACAAAAUGGUGGCCUCAAGAUACAUCAAAACAUACCUCCACUUUACAAAGGGAGAGUGAGGCUUGAAGGAAAUGCUACCCUGGUCAUUGAGAAUGUAACUCCUAAAGACAACACCAAAUUUCAAUGUGAGCUAACUGGUAGUUUAACACAUAGAAGUGCUGUUACACUUAUCAUUGCAGAGGCACCAAAAAUAACCCUGUCAACAAUUGAAAAAGGAUACCUGGAGGGAUCUUUUGUGAAUAUUAGCUGCACAGCAUCGGGAAAACCAGACCCGGAUGUAACAUGGAUCAGAAAGGGUAAAGUCAAAACUUCAGGAAAGAAGGCCUCGAUAUUAAUCUUCAACAGAAUAAACAGAACAGAGGAAGGAACGUACACUUGCAGAGCAAAUAAUUCGGUUACAAGCUCUACCCAUUCUACAACUCUUGAGGUUCACUACAAACCUGAAGGUGUAACACUUACCACCAGUCCUGCCCAAAAUACCGUCACACAAGGAGACAGAGUUACAUUAACAUGUUGCGUCACGGUAGCUAAGCCACAAGUAUCAGGAUACAAGUUCUAUUUAUACACCCGUCUCGUCAGUAACAGCAGUAACAGUGAAUACACCAUCAGCAGUGUAAAUCGAUCUCAGCAUUCCGGGAAAUACAAAUGUGUGCCGUAUAAUGAAGCUGGAGAUGGACCAGGGGUCACAGUUACCCUGAACAUAAGUGUUCCUGUCCAGUUUAAGAAAGUACUACAGAAUAUAACAGUUAAUAUUUCAACUCCCAUAUUUUUGUCGUGUGAUGCUUCGGGUUUUCCUACACCCUAUGUAAGAUGGACAAAAUCCGAGAAGACUUUGUCUGACAAGAAACAACUCCACAUUUCCAGCAGUAACAAGAGUGAUGCAGGAGAAUAUAUGUGCACUGUAGGCAAUGGAGUGGGGCAAGAAAAGUCAGCAAGAGCGUAUGUUACCGUACAAUACCCCCCAAAAAUUCAGAUUGCCUCCGUUUCAUCUCCUACGUCCUGGGUUGGUCAAACAGUAACCUUAAAGUGUCAAUCAAAUGGUGUUCCUGUACCGACACUCACCUGGUACCAACCUGAUGGAGAUGAACUGAAGAGAGAGACGAAUAAGGAAAUUAAAGCUAAUGUGGCAUUGAACGACAGUAGCGAUUUCGGUGAUUACAAGUGUGUUGCUGAAAAUGGUCUUACUCCUCCUGAUGAGAAGACAGUGAAUAUAAAUCAGAUAAAGAAACCUGGCCAGGCAACCAUCAUAUCAACAGAAGCAGACGUUCAAGCCAGUUCAUUAGCAGUAAGAUGGACUGCACCAGCUGAUGAUGGAGGGAGUCCUAUCACAGCCUAUCGAGUGAUCAUACUAAAGGGUGACACCAAGAAAGGCAGUGUUAAUAUUACUGGUUUUCCUAAAACAAAUCACACUUUUAAGGGUCUAGAAAGAGACACAAACUACACGGUGAAAGUGUUUGCCAGGAAUUCUGUCUUUGAAGGAGAUGCUGUUGUAAAGACAUUGAAGACAAAGUUUGAAGGGCCCCCGGAGGUUGUGAAAAUAGACGAGCUUCCCAUUGAAACAAAAGACGAUUCAAUUACCCUAAAGUGGAAGAAGCCAGGACAUAAUGGAAAAGUUAUCACCCAGUACACUGUGUAUCAAAGAAUGGUGACUGAUGGGAAGGUGGGAGACUGGAAAGAAAUAAGGAAAAUCACGAAUGUAAAAGACAGAUAUUUAGAAGUUAAGCUAAAGAAAGGAGAGGUGUAUGAAUUCGCAAUUACUGCUACCAACGCCUUGGGUGAAGGCUUGAAGCAAGAUGCAUCAAAGAUCAAGAGGGUUAAAGGAAUAGGGAUUCCGGAGGCAGUGGAAAUAUAUGGCUUACCCAAAAAAGCAACAGAAGACACAAUUACUCUGAGAUGGAUUGAACCAAAAGACAAUGGAAAGAAAAUAACCGAAUACACUGUUUAUCAGAGAACAAUGGUUGAUGGAAGACCAGGAGAUUGGAAGAUGAUAAAGGAAAUCUCAGAUGUUAAAGUCAGAGAAAUUAAAGUAAAGCUGGAAAGAGGAAAAGUGUAUCAAUUUGCAGUAACUGCGACUAAUGGUGUUGGUGAAAGCUUAAAACCAGAUGAAAAACAGAUCCCGCAAAUCAAGGCAGUAGGAAGCCCAGGUUCCACCAAGGGUUCCCCGGUUGGCGGCGAAAAUGGCAUGAAUACUGCAAUAUAUUCUGGAGCAGCUGUGGCCGGUGUUCUACUUAUUAUCGGUAUCAUUGUGAUCAUUGUUCUCUGGAGACGUAGAAAGCCUUCAAGCCCCGGGAACGAUGAAAUGGCUAUGGAUGGGCUGGAUAGUGCUAAUCAUUACGAAGCUGAUGAUGGAUAUCAUGAGGUUAGUAGAGCCGAAGCUGCUCGGAGGCUCCAAGCCUCGGGUUCUGAUGCUGAGGCUAACUACGCACAAGUGGAUAUGACUAGAAAGAAGAAGAACAGACCACCACCACCUGAUGAAUAUGCCCAGGUGGACAAGUCGAAAAAGACAAAGAAGAGACAAAAGAGACCUGGAGAGCUUGAUUAUGCCGAUUUGGAAGAUUUGAGAGUGGGACUUGUCCCUGGACCAUCUAGUGCCACUGCAGCUGCAGCUGUUGUUCGUCCUCCAGCAUACGAAGGAACUGAUUACGCUGACAUAGCACAGUUUGGUGUCCCUCAGCCUGAUCCUACAUAUGCUAACGUUUCUAAAGGGGAUGUGACGUAUUCUAAUAUGCAGAGCAUAACUUGAGACCUGAGGUUAGUAACUGUUUCCUACGAGAGAAAAGACUUUGUCCCAGAGUUUAACUCAGUCAAAAUAGCAAACAGUAAAACAUAUUAAAUAGAAAGAGAAGUCUCCACAAGAGUCGCUCGUGUGGUCGCUUUAUUCUCAAUAAAGCAAGCACGUUUUGCCAAAAUAAACUAUCUUUUUGUCAGUCAUGAGCGCCUCUAAUAAAAGUAUUUUGGAUAUUAAAUUUUAGAUAUAUAAUUGUUUUUUGUAGAUUGCGAAUAGGUAACUGAAUUGACAUGUUACAUUUUUAUACUCAAGUCUAGUUUUUAUAAUACCCUUAACUAUAUAGAACAUACAAUCGCGAGAGGUUGAUUAGUUUUUGACGAGGACGACAACCGUGAGUUAUUGUUUUUUUUUACAUAUAGAAUUUUAGUAUAAUUUCAGAGCUGAGCAAAGAGUUUCCAGCAAUCUGAUUG